AUGUUCCUACAACUCAACAAACUUGAUACUCUCAGGUUAGGUGAUAACAGGAUAUCAUUACUUGCCGCGAACAACUACACCAAUAACACAUUACCACAACUAAUUGAAUUGAACCUCAAAUCAUGCAACUUGAAGGAAUUUCCUUCCUUUUUGCGCUUCCAAGAUAAAUUGAAAGACUUACGUCUCAAUGACAACAAAAUUGAUGGCCUGGUACCAGUGUGGAUUUGGAACAACAGCAAAGAAACAUUAGAGCUACCAAUUCCACCACAAACUACAAUUGCUUAUGGAGCCGAAAAUAACAAUCUGACCGGAGAAAUACCACCAAUGAUAUGUGAAAUGAAAUCUCUACAAAUGUUAGAUUUGUUUUCUAACAACCUAAGUGGAACACUUCCUCCGUGUUUUGGUAGCUUAAGCAAUUCGUUGUCGUUUUUGGAUCUGACCAGAAACAACUUUCAUGGAAAAAUUAUGAAUUCAUUUAUCCAUGGAUGCAUGUUGGAAAGUUUUGAUGUGAGUGAAAAUAGAUUUACCGAUCAGCUCCCAAGAUCAUUGACAAAUUGUACCAAUUUAAAGGUUCUCUCUCUUGGAGCUAAUUCUUUUGAUGAUGUAUUUCCUUUUUGGAUGGGAACUCUUCCGGAGUUGCAAGUUCUUGAUUUGCGGUCCAACAAAAUUUAUGGUCCAAUUCAAGGUUCCACAGCUGUUUCCACACACUUCUCUAAGCUGCAGAUCAUAGACCUCUCUAACAAUGGUUUUAGUGGUCAAUUGGACCAAAAGUACUUCCAAGCAUGGAAUGCAAUGAAAUCUGUUGGCAAAUCAUCUGUUAUGGAAGCUAAUGACAAAUCAUCUGGUUUCAGUUGGGAUUAUACAAUAAGAGUAAUUCACAAAGCUGUCAAUACUCAGUACGAACAUAUCUUAACCAUAGAUAUGGCUAUUGAUCUCUCUUGUAACCAUUUUGAAGGAGAAAUCCCACUAUCACUCCAAGAUCUUCAAGGGCUUCAAUCACUCAAUCUUUCCAACAAUCAUUUUACAGGAAGCAUAUUGCCCUCACUAGAAUCUCUAAAGAAUGUCGAAGCUUUGGAUCUCUCCCAAAAUGAGUUAUCAGGAGAAAUUCCUCAACAGUUGGUACAACUCAACUUCCUUUCAAUUUUCAAUGUGUCAUUCAACAAUCUUGAGGGGCGCAUACCCCAAGGAAAGCAGUUCAAUACAUUCGAAAACAGCUCCUACAUGGGUAAUUCUCGAUUGUGUGGACACCCUUUAUCCAAGGAAUGUCAAAUUUCAAAGGCGUCAAGACUUCCACCACCAACCAAUACGUCCGACUCCGAAUCUCUCUUCCCAAGCGAAAGAAUUGAUUGGAUCAUCAUAUUCUGUGGAGUUGGAAGUGGGCUGGUUGUUGGGAUUUUUAUUGGCAACUUUCUAUAUGGAAAGUAUAGUGAUCGGUUCACAAAGAGGAAGGACAGAUGGGUAAGGCCUCUUCGUAACACAAGGAGAAAUCAAGGUACAAUAAUCCUUUAG